UCUCUAAGUAUGGAGUGUAGUAGUAUUGGUGUUUGCAUAAAUAAAAUUGGGGACGAGAACUCAGAAAACUCGGUGGAAGCCGGAGCAAGGUAAAUAGUCGGCAACGCCGACCCCUAGUUUUCUAUGGUGGAUGAUAAUCGAUAGGUUACGGACCGUCUCCUAAAACCUCUGCCGACUCUACCGGGUCGCUUUGUUCGGGCUUUCUCGUUCAUCCUUCCCACAUGACCAUGUUCUUCAAUUUUGAGUCUCUCGCGUUGAAUGUCGUCUUGUCUCCCCUGGUUUAAACUACUCAGACCUUCGGGCAUCCUGACGUGGAUGGCUUGCCAAUCAAAGGCUGACCGCAGCCUGGCAAGUCCAGUAGUGGCCACAUCAGACGAUUCCCUCCAGAUCGCUUUCAUCUCUCCUUGCCCUGUCAGCACUUGCCUUCCUUUCAUUCUCGCUGUUAGAAUAAACUCGUAUGGGAUUCAAGAACAUCGCAGCUUCGGCGUGGGCAGUCCACUAACGUACUACACACUCUUCGUAGACGCCACAAGCUCAGAUACCUGGAUCGGGACCAGAACGAUUAGUUCGGAAGUACUUGGAGUGUUCUUUGGCUUGGAUUUCACGAACGGCUACUGUUUCCUCGAGCGGUUUUACUCGGUGUGCGAUACGACAAGGUCCCAAGUCGGGUUCCUCUCAGUCGAAGGCGUGGUCACUAAAGAGGCCGCAUCGUUCAGGCAUUCAACUGUCUGUGAGCUUUGGAAGAGUGAGUGAAGGGAUGUACUUAAGGAAAGGGUUCGAGGGUCGUGCAAAAAUGGAAUCGGGGACUCGCCGCGUAGGCGCCGUUACGAUGUAAUAGCCACAUGUGCAGUUAU